CAUCAAACAUGGCGGCACAAGCGUCACGUAGGCGGAGUCACGCCGACGCUGCUGGGGUGCGCGUUUGCUCAAGGCGGAUAUGACGACAGCCUCCGCGCCCCGCCCACUCAGUCACGUGAGCGGGGGUGCGGCUCCGCGGGGAAGAUGGCGGCGCCGCGGGAGCCGGGCCGGGAGUCGGAGGCCGCGUUCGCGAAACGGGUUGACCCGGCGCGGGAGCCGGAGCUGAGCGCGGAGCAGCGGCGCGUCAUGCAGCGCGCGGAGGAGGCGCUGCGCCAGCGGGGCCUGCAGCGGCGGCUCCGGGGCCGCAACCUGCUGACGGGGCUCGGCAUCGGCGCGGUGGUGCUGGGCAUCUAUGGUUUCACCUUCUACAAGAUCUCCCAGGAGCGAUUCCUGGACGAGCUGGAGCAGGAGGUUGAGGCUGCCCGGGCCCAGGCUGCCAAGACCCCAGUAAACUGAGACCCUGAGCAGGCUGGGGCUGCUCCCCACUUGGGAUGGAUCCAGCUGGAACUGACAUGUGCCAGGGACCCUCAGCAGCCUGACUCUUCUUGGGUUGCUUCUGCCUUUGACAUGCCAGGCACUCCCUAUGGUGAGCCGAGUCCCCCUGGGUGGAGACGGGGGGCUCCUCUCCCCUGUGCCCAGUGGGGACCAGGCUCCUGCCACCUCCCGAUAAACCUUCUGGCUGCAGUUGCAGACUGUGGUGCAACAGCACCAGCUUUGUUUUCUGACAGGUUCAUCAGCUAUUCACCCCCUGCAGCAGGUGGGCCAGGGCCUCAAUAAACCUGUCUAAAUGAUUCACCAGAGUGGGUGUGUGAAAUGCCAGCCCUGGGCUGCCUCAAGUGGGGCCUGCUGGGGGGCACCUGGGAUGGGGGUUGGAAGGAUAAGUUGGGUAAGUGCAACAUCCCUGUAAUAUCUUCUUCUUGGUGGAAAUACACAUGCAGGAGCUUAAAGGCUGUCUUCCUGGUCUGUCCCAGCAGCCCCUGGGUGGUUUGUAGCUAUUUAAGAGCAAAUGGGGAAGUGUCUAGGAUCAAGUUUGUUGGUUGCUUGGGCUGAACAUGGCUGCCUUGGGGCUGCAUCAUGAAUUCCUUGUUUCCUGGUGCUGAGAGGAAGCUAUGGGCGGUACCUGGCCUGGGGGUGCCACCCAAUGUGUUUACCACUUGCAGGAAGAGGAUGCAGCAUGGAGUGAUUCUGCCCCAGGCCACAAAGAGCCCAGUUAUCCACUGACCUCUGCAUAUACCCUGUUGUGCAGGGAGGAGUAGAGCCCUGGGAGAGGCUGACACAUGGAAAUGUGCCUCUUUGGCCUUGGGGGAGAGAGAUUGAG